CGCGGCAUGUGGGAUCUUCCCAGACCAGGGCACGAACCCGUGUCCCCUGCAUCGGCAGGCGGACUCUCAACCACUGCGCCACCAGGGAAGCCCCCUCACUUGGUUUUAAUCAUGGUUCAUCUGUCCUUUUCCAGACUAUAAAUAAUCCCAAGGGUGAGAGUUGGGAUGAUGAGACUUGGUGUCUUGUCUUCUGUAUCUGUCCCUUCGAACACAGUUGAAUGGGAACCAUUUGGGUUUGAGACAUCUAAGAGUUCAUUGGUGGGAAAGGUAUACAGGAACUUGUGGGGAGAUUGGGUGAGGCCAUGAGUGGUAUGUGGAACAGCUUACCCUGGUGCUCCACUUAAACCAGGAUGUGUUGAAACAUUAACACAACUUCCCUGGCGUGCGAGGAUCUGCCUUCUACUUUCAUUCCAUACUGUCAUGAAUAAAGUGAAAAGGGAAUGUUUUGACACCUGACAUAAUCCCAUCCCUCCUCAUGUGUGGGGUAGUGUGAAGGAAUGGUCAGACCAAUAUAUUGGUCUGACUUUAUAUAAACUAUUUAAUAAAAUGAACAAUUAAAGAAUAAAGCAUAUGAUUCAUUCCUUUAUAGUUGUCUUUUAAUAAAACAGGCAUGUGAUAUGCUCUCUGGACCUAGAACCAUACAGAUACUCCUUGGGACCACAAAAGAAGAAAUCCUGAAAUGUGACUGUGGUCCUUGCUCAUAGAAUUGCCUGUGUCACUAAUAGAAGGCUGGAGAACCGGGAUUCCCUUCAGGUCUCCAGGGCAACAGGCCAGGUGACCAAUCAACUCCUAGGCCUAGGCUCAUUGUUGGAGGUGUAAGUGUUGCCAUGACUACUGAAACCUUGGUGACUGAAAACAAAGUAGAGCCUGUUCAGUCUCCUAAGACUACAUCAAGCAAGUUUGUAGACAUGUCUGUGGAAAAGAUGGUAAAAGUAGAAGUAUGCAGAGUUGGAAAAGGGGCUGGUUUGGAUGCGUUUCCCUGGAUGAGGUUUCCAGAUCAAUUUACCAGAAAUGAACAGAUGUAACAGAAGGGUAGUAGCAGGAGUGGGAGAUGAUGUCUGGCACAUAGUAGGUGUUCAGAUAUUUGUUGCAUACUAACCACUGCAUGUUACCUUUGAUCCAUUCUGAAAGGAGUAGGACUUUCUCCCCACCUCCCCUAGGAAAUUGGCUACUCCCUGUCUCUAAAGGGAAAGGUCUAUGUGUCUCCCACUAUGAUAGGGUACUGAGUGAGGUACUGGAGAUCAAGGCAGAUGAACAGAACUCCCUUUUCUUGCAGAGUUUUCAAAGGGCCCUGGGACUUAAGAAGAUGGUGGACAGGUGGCGUAAUUCACACACUCACUGUCUGUGGCAGAUGACAUUAAGCCAGAGGAGAAACCCAUAUGCCAUCCUAAGGAUGCAGGACACUAUGGUGCAGGAGUUGGCACUGGCCAGCAAGCAAUUACUGAUGGUCCGUCAAGCUGCCCUGCACCAGCUGUUUGAAAAGGAGCAUCGGCAGUACCAACAGGAACUAAAUCAGAUGGGCAAAGCUUUUUAUGUGGAGAGACUCUAAUGGCAUUUGAAACAUUGUCCUUCCAUUCUCACCAUACCUGCUAACCUAGAUUUCUUGAGCCCCACCACCUUCAGCUUCCUUCCCAAAACUCACCUGGAUCUAGUUAUGUGCCCAGGACUCAAGACAGUGCUCCAACUCUCACCUCUGGUGCCCCUGUCAACCCCCUGGUGCUAUAGGGGAAACAAUCUAUGAAACAAUGGUAAAAACAAGAGUGACGCCUUGUGGUCAGAAUGACAUAUGCAGUGUUGAUGUACGUGGAGGGAGGGGAGGUGGAUAGAGGCACAAUGUGAGAAACGAAUCCUGAUUUGGUUUAACAAAUAA